AUGGCUGCGCUGGCUGCGCGGUGCUUGGGCACCAUAUGCAAUCAUCUGCGACCGGCGCACGGGCAGCAGUCGUCCUGCCUGACCGUCGGCUGCGCUAGCCAGGGAGAAGGGUCGACAUCCCCCGCUGGCUGCACGGUGCAUGGGCACCAUAUGCAAUCAUCUGCGGCCGGCGCACGGGCAGCAGUCGUCCUGCCUGGGCGGCCUGCAGCCCGUGCUGGCGCGUGCAGGCUCGGCCCCGUCAGGAGCCACGCCAGCGAAUUCUCCAGCCCGGGAGGCAUGGGCCAGUCGGUCUGUGUACUGUCGGCCAUGAUGGGCGCCUUUCAUCCAAUAUAUGAUUUCUUUUUGUUUGACCAUCGCGUGGACCCGCGGUUCUUUCACGGCAGCUGA